CAGGAGGGAAGUGUUCCAGACCGGGAGCGCGUUCCCCUAGCGGGGACUCAGGAGCCAGGACCCCAGCCCAGAUCUUCUUAGGGGGUGGGACCCGGGAGUUCCCAUUUCUGAGUACCCGGGGAGGAGGGGCGGAGAUCCAGAGUCCAGGGUUUGAGGGAAGAGAGUGCUGGGGUCCUGGACUCCUGGUCCGAGGAGGUGGCAGCCGGGGUGGGGCGGCUUGGGACUGGACUCCUGGGUCUGAGGGCGGAGACAGCUGAGGUCCAGGGUACCUAGUCUGAGGGAGGAGGAGCUGGGGACCCACAAUCCUGCCCUGGCCAGGCGCCCCGCGCCCCUACAUACCCGCCCUCCCCGCUUCCCUCCUCGGAGCCCGGGCGCGCAGCCACCCAGGUGGCUGCCCCCUCCCUCUCCUGGGAUGUCGGGAAGGAGGGGACCACCCGUGUCCUCUACAGGGGCCCUGCCAAGCUGGGGGGCCCCCAGCCCUGGCCCUCGGAGGUGCUGACAGGUGCUCAGAGAUGCGCCCCGGCACCUGCUGCUCCCUCCCCAUCCUCCUCCUCUCCCUCUUCCCCAGCGCCCCCGUGGAGUGCCACCCCUCACCCUCCACACUGCCCCCAUUUCCGGCCCCCGAGUGGGACCUCCUGUCCCCCCGAGUAGCGCUGUCCAGGGGCGCCCCUGCUGGGCCCCCUCUGCUCUUCCUGCUGGAGGCCGGGGCCUUCGGGGAGCCAGCGGGCGCCCGGGCGAAUCGCAGUCGGCGUGGGGUGAGCGAGACGGCCCCCGCCAGUCGCCGGGGUGAGCUGGCAGUGUGCGACGCGGUGAGCGGCUGGGUGACGGACCGGAGGACGGCGGUGGACUUGCGGGGGCGCGAGGUGGAGGUGCUGGGCGAGGUGCCCGGGGCGGGCGGCAGCCCCCUCCGCCAGUACUUCUUCGAGACUCGCUGCAAAGCCGACGGCGCGGGCGCGGGAGCGGGUGCAGGCGAGGGCGGGCCCGGGGCCGGCGGAGGGGGCUGCCGCGGCGUGGACCGGAAGCACUGGGUGUCGGAGUGUAAGGCCAAGCAGUCCUACGUGCGGGCGCUGACCGCCGACGCCCAGGGCCGUGUGGGCUGGCGAUGGAUUCGAAUUGACACUGCCUGCGUCUGCACGCUCCUCAGCCGGACCGGCCGGGCCUGAGGCUCCUGCUCACAACUGGUCAGGCCACGAAAAGAAGAGAACUGGACGCUGAGGGACCUCAGGGGUGGCCUGGCUGUUCUCAGGGCCUUGGCUUGGGAACUUAAAAUGAUCGCAAAAUCAAGGCUUUCUGAUUUUGAAAGCUCAAUCCAUAUAGCAUAUGUGAUGAAACCAAAUGGGGUUUCAAAGGAUGAAUAAUAGCAGUUCUGGAGCACUUGAGGGUAAUCAUGACCAUGAUAACAAUAA